UGUCUAACUUGCAGCGAGCGACACUGAUGAUAAUUUCAUUGAUAGUGCUGGAUUAUCUCAGUCUCGGGACCCAUUUCCAGCGUGCAAGGUCGACAGCCACUAAUUUGUUCAAUGAAAAUGCUCUCAGUAAUGCUACGAACACUAUACUAUACCGGGUACUGUUUUGCGUUGUUUAUAACGCCGUGGGUGCUGUAUUUUGUCUUUUGGAAAAAGGACGUUGCAAGCACUAGAUGUAGUGAAAAGGAUAUUGUCUAUCCGAUUAAAUACAUAGUAGCCAAAAGGAAGAUAAAAUACUAUCAGAAGAAAUGGCAUAAAUACAUAAAUCGUCUAGGCAAUGACGUUGAGACAAAUAUAUUGAUUCCACACGUGCAUCAUGUAAAUAUGCAUCAUUUUUAUGGGGCCGAUCAAAACGGAAAUUGUUUGUCGUUGAAGUUUGCGAUAGGAGUCGACAACAUCGUUGAAAUAUUUUUAUGUAUCCGGUUGGAGAAUGGCUGCACUUAUGUAUUUCCAGAAAAAAAUCACAUAGUAGAAACCAAUAUCACUAAGCAGCAAUGGAAAGCUAAGGGGUUGGAAAUAGAGACCUUGGAACCAUUUAGAAGAUUGAGGAUAACAUUCAACGGACUAUUACAAAAUGCCUCUAGCCAACAAAAUGAACAUGUGAUCUUCAAAUUCAUAUUCAACUCUGCUGCCUCACCACGUUUCAUACCACAGGAUGUUGAUGCAAGUCAGCUUGCCAGUUCGCUUGCACAAGAGUACUGGAGAGACGGGUCUUGGGCCAAUUUACUGUAAAUAUUAUUUUACAUGCGUAAUACAAUUAAUAGUAACUCAAAUAAGGAGUAAAAUAACCUUUACUGUUUCGACUCUCACCACUGGGAUAUCAAAAACGGUACCAAUAGUAGAAAGAAGCAAUGCCAGAUACUUGGCAACAAUCUUCACAGGUUCGAAAUAUAAACCAAGGCAGAUUCCUGAGAAUUUAAAUUAGUAUAAAAUAUCCGAUAAACUGACGUUGAUUAAUGUAUUCUUCCUGAUGGCAGCUAACUUAAUGCCAUAUUCCCACGUCCAGGAAAUUAUCCGACAUAAAAUGAGAUACCUUAUGAGAAUUUGUCAGAGCUGCUCAUCUAUUUACUAUCUAUACUUUGAAAAUGUUAGUAUCACAUACACUACAUCGCCAUCUAUGAGACACAAACCUUUUCAAAGUAUAGAUAGUAAAUAGAGAUGCCACGGUAACUAAUAAUAAUAAUAAAAGACCUUUAUUAACCUGGCGGGUAUGCAGCUUAACAGCUGCUUUUCAGUACCAACCACGGUAUCAUUUUAUCUCGGAUAAUUUCUUGGACUCGAGAAUAUAACUUCACGUUGGCUCUUUUUAGGUAGAAUACGUUAAUAAAUGGUUAUACUAUUACUUUCGAUAAUUUCUAGGGAACAUCAAAUAGGAUUUGAUCAGUUUGGAGCUCUGAAGGGCCUAGUGAAAAUUGGAAAUGACUCCACAGAAUACUAUCUGAACCUACCAUGUUGUCGGAAAAAGGACUUUGGCAUCGGAGACAGGUUCAUAGUAAACAGGGCGCUUAAAAUCCUUAUUGUGGACGAAUAUGGCAAUUUGAUACACUUAAUUUUAAAGUCUUUUGAAGAAGGAUGCUCUCAGGUAAAUCAUGGAACUGUAUACACGAGCGACUACAAGCUUCUAACAUUAAAAGGCAUUGAUAUAAGACUUGUCGAUAUAGCACCUGACAAAGUUUUCCCGGAAAUGAUGACAGUGCAUGUACAGACGGAGAAGAGAGUCUUCAAGUGCAUCAUCCAUUUGAAUAAAAAAAGAAUGACCACUGGUGCAAUCGACAGAAAAUACGGAUAUGAAAUAUUCAAUGUACCAGCUGAGUGUGACGUUAACUGUUUCCAGGGCAAAGGCAUUGUAGAAUUUUGGUACAAGAAAAAAGGUUCCACUUUUUAUAUACCACUGCCAAGGCUUCACGAGAAGGAAGUCAGUCCUUUACCUAAUGAUCUAAUCGUCGAUAUGCAGAGUGAUCAUGCAAAAGUCCUAAGCAUGACAGGUGGAAAAGGAAAUUCCUUGGCACUUCUGACAUCCUUGAAUUCGCAAAUGUUUUCAGUACCAGAAGGGUUCAUUGUUACUGUCAAUUCAUACAAAAAACAAUUAGCAAAGUAUCCGGAAUUGCGGAAAGCAAUAUCAUCGAUAGACGACAUUUGUUGUGGAAAAAGCGAGGGUGUAUUGGAAAAUGUAUGCAAAAGGUCAGUUGAAUUAUUUAAAAGUUCUAAGCUUGCUGAAGAAAUAGAAGAAGCGAUCAAAAACCAACUUAAGAUAUACGACAGCGAUAUGAAAAGUGGAUGGGCAGUGAGAUCAUCAGCUAUAAGAGAAGACUCUGAGGAACUAUCUGCAGCAGGUCAGAACGAGACGUUUUUAGGUUGUCAGACUGUUGAACAAAUUUUGGACUCCGUUCUAGCAUGUUGGGGCUCACUUUUCACCUACCAAAGUGUCAAGUAUAGAUGGCAGCACGGACUACCAAUUCAAUCCGACAUGGCCAUUGUAGUACAAAAGAUGGUACCAGCAGAUUGUGCUGGGGUACUCUUCACUUGUCAUCCUACAACAUGUAACCCUCAAGAGAUGGUAGUUACCUCAAACUUUGGCCUUGGGGAAACCGUCGUUUCAGGUGAGAGCGAUCCUGAUACAUUCGUUAUCCGAAGAACUUGGGACGGGAAGUUAUCUAUAUCAAGCAGCAGUUUGGGAUUGAAGAACAUAGUCAUGAAGAUGGCUACUGAUGGGGUUAAAGAAAUUAGUGAUAGAAGAGCCGGGCAAUUCAGUCUAAGCGAAGAACAAGUUUUGUUGCUAGGCGAAGUUGGGAUUCGACUUGAGGAAGCUUUCGGUAACCCAAGAGAUAUUGAGUGGGCUUUUCGUGAGGGCAAUCUGUAUCUGCUGCAAUCAAGGCCAAUCACAACUCUGAGCUUAUGGUCCGAUUACGAGUUUGACCACGAAACAGAUUCACCAAUCCUCACAAAUACAUCGGUUCUUACUAUAGCCAAUGUGAAAGAGGUGAUCCCAAAUAGUAUGACGAUUUUGACAGAGACAAGUGUGAUAAGAGAAGUUGAUGCAUCCAUACAAAAAUUUGCCAUAGAUAAUUAUGAUCCUUGCUCAUCAAAGGGCUUGAGGCCAUUUAUGCACCAUGCUAUGCUGGACGUUGUAGCUUCAAUCCACAAAAAUGUAGCAAAAGAGGUCCACGUUAGUUCACUGAUAUUGGAUCUAGCUAUUUUUGGCCAUCCGGUUCUGGACAAUAAGUUGAACCAUAUAUUGAUAAAAAGAAAUGGGAUAACGCCAAUCAUAUCAAAGGUGAAAGACUUUCUUCGAGUCAUAAAUGCAGUUUUGAAGAACAAGCAAAUUCUGAAGGAGAGUGUUGAAGCAGCUAAAAGGAUAAGCUUGGAAGAGCUAAAAGGACCAAUGCCUAUAAUCUAUAAUAAAAUUAAAGAAGCCUUAAAGGAUUUGGAGAUUGUAGCCCUUUGUCAUUCUAGAACAUCUACAGUAUCAGUAUUCUAUCAGGUUGUAGCGAUAAAUGUAUUGCUAGAAAGGCAAAGUGAAUUAUCAACGGAUCACUACGCAGAUUUUGCAGCAAUAUUAUCAUCAUGUGAAGAUGUGGUUUCAGCAGAAAUACCUUCGUAUUUAGAGAGUAUAUCUAAAAUUGUGCGGGAUCAUGGACUUGCUGAAGAAUUUUGCAAAUUAAAAGCUUAUGAAGCAAUCGAGUGGUUAGAGCAAAACUGUCCUGAGGCUAACAAAGUUCUUCUAGAGUUCCUUAACAAACAUGGCCACAGAAAUCUAGGAGAGUUUGAGGUAAUAGAAAAAUCUUGGGCUGAAGAUCCUACCCAGCUUAUACCAAUGCUUCAAGCUAACGCAAGAAACGAGAAAAAAGUACAAAAUUCCAAACAUACGGUGGAUGAAAUUGUAGCAAAGCUGAAAUCGCCAAAAAGUAACAUUACAAGACACAUAGUAAAAUAUCUUAUGAAGAAAAUUAGAGUGGCUGUUGGUGUUAGAGAACAGAGCAAGUCUGAAUUUAUUAGAGCAACCAACAAAAUCAGACUAGGGUUCAGAGCCUUGGGGAAACAAAUGGUUCAGCACGGGAUGUUGCCAAGUGCUGAGCUGAUCUACCAUUUGACGUUAUAUGAGUUAGGGGAACUUAUAAAUGAGAGAAAUCCAGUAUUAGUGACAAGGGCUGUGAGAAGGCAAAGAUUAUAUAGCAAGUGGAAACAUUUGAGAUUUCCGGAAUUAAUGUAUGGGAUACCAGUUCCUGAAAAUCUGGAAGACAGACACGCUAUGAUAAUAAGUGACGCAGGUGUAUGUAGAGGAACACCUGUAUGUACAGGAGUUGUCAAAGCAAGAGCAUGUGUUAUAAAUACUUUGGAAGAAAUUGAUAAACUUCAAACAGGGGACAUCCUGAUCACGUAUAGUACAGACAUUGGCUGGUCACCAUAUUUUCCAAUGCUGUCUGGACUCGUGACAGAAUUAGGAGGCUUGGUGUCCCACGGUGCUGUUGUUGCCAGGGAAUAUGGACUUCCAUGUAUUGUAGGUGCCAAAGAUGCUACGACUUAUUUUAGGACUGGUGAUACUGUUAUUUUAAAUGGAGAUAUUGGCCAAAUUGGGAAAGGUUGAAAUAAACUGAAUUUUUGUUAAAAUGCACCGUCUCCUGCAUUUCUAUUAAACCCUUAAAGUUAUAGAUUUCUGGAAAGGUUGUAAAUAUAAAUACUAGCCUUAGAAUAGCAAUUGCGAGAGUCCGUAGCAUCUUUCAUUUUUGUACUGUAUUGUUUUGUUGCUUUAUCAAUUGGAAUAUUGGUUUUCUACUGAAUUAAAUCAUUUCUACUCGUCUUAUUAAGGCAGUCUUAGGCAUCCUUAGAUGUUUAAAGGCGCUUCAAAUGUUUGAGAGUCAAUGAGCCAAACAUGAGAUUAGGUCUGUUUACGGUUUCUUGGGAUUAUGUCACAAUGUGCUACGAAAUAAGUACAUAGGUAAUUGUACCAUAUUCGGAGCUUAACUCCACCAAGGAUAAUUAUGCACUAAACAAGCUGAUCCUUAACGCAGCUACCACUCGCUCUUGUACACACAUGAAUUGUGCAAUAGAGUAUCGUUAGUUUCAUUCACAUUCUGAACAUACUCAAUUAAAUUUAAAACAGACUAUCUGAAAUUGUUGCUGUAUCUCCAGGCGUUGCUAGGUUUUAUAUCAACAAAAGAUAAAGUCAAAUCCGACGCCCAUGCGAAGCACGCUGUAAUGAAAGUGACAAGUACAAAUGUGAAAGACUUGUACGUUGAGGUGAAAACUUUGGAGGCGACGUGACAAAAAUAAAAGAUGGCCGUGGGAUUAUAAAAGCAAACGUCCGCGCGUAGAAGUUGAUUUCCUACGUCUCUAUAUGGAAGAUGGUAGUAUUGUGGUAAAUCCUGUACGAGUAGUUUAACUUAGACCUACCGUGAUAAGACCUAUAGUUAAGGUUCAAUACAAUCUAA